GCCCAAUCCCUGCCAAGAAGUCGACGCCUUCGUGGAGUUCAUCACGCAGUUUGAGGCGACACGUCCAGGGGUGGUGAGAUCGAUCCCCGUCUUCGUCAUCCUGCAACACUCUCUGGUCUACGCCUGUAAAGGACGCCUGCAGGAGCUUUGGUAUAGUUCAAGCCAGGAGGCCCAGGUGAUCGAUGAGUUCUGGUCUCAUAGCUGGCAGGCGCCAUCGUGGCAGAAGUAUGUCAACCUCCUCUUUUUGAACAACACCUGGCCUGCAAGCGUGGUAGGCACCUUCACCGCAGUUGCUGCGUUGGUCCUCUUCUUGACGGACGUUUUGCCUGAGUGGGCGGAGACAGGUUUGGUCAGCAUGGGUGCGAUCUUGAAGCGCUCCAAGUCCAUGCUGGUGCUCUGGGACCCUUCCUAUGUUACACGACUGUGGUGUGUCUUCGAGAUGGCUGCUUUCCUGAAUGCGCAUGGCUCGGCGGCUGUGAAGGUGUGCCCUCCCUUGCUAGGAUCCUAUUGCCGCAGCAUUGACACCAUGGACCGUCAGCUGAGGGACUUCUCCAUCCAGCAGACGACCAGCUCCUGCUGCGAAGGUGGCCACAAAGACGACGACUUCUGCGACCUGGGCGAUCGAAACAUCAUUCUGCGAUGUAUCUCCACUUGGUUUGGGUCUAUCGAGAACUUUGAGCUCGUGGUGCAGACUGAGGUGCGGAAGGCUCUGGCAAAUCAGCUCGUGGAUGGAGGCUUCACCUACCGCCGCAUGGUCCUUGCCACGGUUCCCCUUCUCUGGUCCCUAUUGGAUCGUAUGGCAUCAGACGUCCGGGAUCCCCUCUGGGCGGCGGGGCAGUUGGCCCGUCUCUUUGCCUAUUGGUUGACCACUGUUCCUUCCAUCUUGAUCCUCCUGUUCCGUCUUUGCUACAAGUUCCGUGCUUCCUGUGGGAGGAUAUCCCUCGAGAUCCUCCUCUCGCUCGGGCUUGUGAUUAUCGGAGCUGCUAUGUAUGUUGCCACAGCAGCGAUUGACAUCCUCUUCCAGGCCGUCUUUCCAAGCAUUCCUCUGGCGAACUUUGCUCUCUGUGGCCUCUGUGGCAUUGUCACUGUUGCCGUUUUGCGAUAUCUUUGA